AUAUCUUCUUUGUAUUAUCCUUACUCAGGACAGCAUAAAGUGAAAAGCAAAGAAGGGUCAAAAGGGGGAGUUAAAAGCCUGGUCAGAAGGUACUGAAAUUACUAAUGUUCAACUUCGUAGAACGAUUACAUCCUUCUCUGUGAAAUAGUGGUGUGUAAUGCUGUUGCUUGGGUUGUGUUAAAAGACAGAAAUAAAUAGGCAUAAUAACUCUAUUUGGUUUUAAUAUUGGGAAAUUGUUGAUGCCUGGGUAUAGCAAAAUGUAAUCAGUAUAAGUUGGUAAGAACUAAUUUUUUUUUCAGGCCAGUCCAUUAUGUUCAAAUUAAGUAAGUUUUCCAUUCAGAAAGCUAAUAGGAUAUUACUUUAAUUGAUACUGUUUCUUUAUCUACUGGAUGUUUUAUUUCUUCUUCUUAAAUAUGCUACUUAUCCUGAGCCUUGGGAAUACAUAUGUUUUAAAGAAUGUGAUUUGAAGAAUGGAACUAGUGAUUCACCAGAGCUAUGGAGACUUACCAAAAUAUGUUGUAAGAAUGUUUAAGGAUCUACAAUUCAAUUCUGAGGUUAUUACUCCAUGUCGGAAACUCAUCUUAUGUGCUGACAACAGAAAAGAAAUGGAAGACUGGAUUGCCGCACUAAAAACUGUACAGAAUCGUGAACAUUUUGAGUCUACCCAGUACAGCAUGGACCAUUUUUCAGGAAUGCAUAACUGGUAUGCUUGUUCACAUGCACGCCCAACAUACUGCAAUGUGUGUCGAGAGGCAUUAUCUGGGGUCACAUCUCAUGGACUCUCCUGUGAAGUAUGCAAAUUUAAAGCCCAUAAGAGGUGUGCUGUCCGGGCAACUAAUAACUGCAAAUGGACAACGCUGGCAUCCAUUGGGAAGGAUAUCAUUGAAGAUGAAGAUGGGAUUUCAAUGCCACACCAGUGGCUGGAAGGAAACCUACCUGUGAGUGCCAAAUGCACAGUGUGUGAUAAAACAUGUGGCAGUGUCCUACGCUUGCAAGACUGGCGUUGUCUUUGGUGCAAAGCCAUGGUACAUACCUCAUGCAGAGACCUGUUACCAACAAAAUGCCCCCUUGGCCUUUGUAAAGUAUCUGUCAUCCCUCCCACAGCUCUCAACAGCAUUGAUUCAGAUGGUUUCUGGAAAGCCACUUGUCCCCCUUCUUGUACAAGCCCUUUAUUGGUCUUUGUCAACUCAAAAAGUGGAGACAAUCAGGGUGUAAAGUUCCUACGAAGAUUCAAACAGCUGUUAAAUCCUGCACAAGUCUUUGAUCUCAUGAAUGGAGGACCUCAUCUUGGUUUACGUUUAUUUCAGAAAUUCGACACUUUCCGAAUUCUGGUGUGUGGUGGGGAUGGAAGCGUUGGAUGGGUUCUCUCUGAAAUUGAUAGCCUCAGUCUCCAUAAACAGUGCCAGUUGGGGGUCUUGCCUUUAGGUACAGGCAAUGACCUUGCACGUGUGCUAGGCUGGGGAUCUGCUUGUGACGACGAUACCCAACUCCCUCAAAUAUUGGAAAAGCUGGAAAGGGCCAGUACCAAAAUGCUUGAUAGAUGGAGCAUUAUGGUAUAUGAAACAAAACUCCCUCGUCAAACAUCAGCUUCUACAGUUAUUGAAGAAUUUAGUGAAAGUUCUGAGGUACAGCAGAUUCUCUUCUAUGAAGACUCUGUGGCUGCUCAUUUAUCCAAAAUCUUGACAUCUGACCAACAUUCAGUGGUCAUCUCAUCAGCCAAGGUGCUCUGUGAGACUGUGAAAGAUUUUGUAGCUCGAGUAGGGAAAGCAUAUGAAAGAGCACCAGAAAGUUCAGAGGAGUCAGAAGUCAUGGCCAGAAAGUGCUCUGUUUUGAAAGAGAAGCUGGACUCACUUCUGAAGACAUUGAAUGAAGAAUCUCAAGCUUCAUCAUCUUUGCCGAACCCACCCCCCACCAUUGCAGAAGAAACAGAAGAUGGUGAUGGUUGUGGUAUUGCUUGUGAUACUUCUAGUGAGCUCUCAGCAGGGUCAUCAUGCAUUGCUCGUCCUCAGAUAUUUAGACCACGUGAACAGCUAAUGUUGAGAGCCAACAGUCUAAAAAAAGCCAUUCGUCAAAUUAUUGAGCAUGCAGAAAAAGCUGUUGAUGAACAGAAUGCUCAAACCCAAGACCAAGCAAGCUUUCUUCUGGGCCUCUCCACCCCUGAAGAAGGAAAGGAUCUAAGGAAUGAGAACAAAAUCCCUUUACAGACUUCACACAUUGGCAGCUAUGGAUUUCCAAAAGGGAGGAGCCAUCGGAAAGUAAUCAAGUCUCCUUGUGAAAGACUAAUAAAUAAAGGAAGUAUUUCAGUAGGAAGCUCUGCCUCUCUUCCUUCCCAGGCAGGAAACCGGGACAGCUUGCCAAUGUUGAAUGCAAAGAUCAUCUACCCCAAUAUCCGUGCUGGGGCAUCUGGUUCUCUACCAGGAGGUUCUGUCAUCAGCCGGUUGUUGAUCAACGCAGAUCCAUUUAACCCUGAGCCAGAAAAUCUUGAUUGUUACAUAGAGAAAUGUGUCAUGAAUAAUUACUUUGGAAUUGGCUUGGAUGCAAAGAUUUCUUUGGAUUUCAACAACAAGCGUGAUGAGCAUCCAGAGAAGUGCAGAAGUCGUACAAAGAAUAUGAUGUGGUAUGGAGUUCUUGGGACAAAGGAGCUGCUACACAGAACUUACAAAAACUUAGAACAGAAGGUUUUGUUAGAGUGUGAUGGGCGUCCAAUCCCUUUGCCCAGUCUUCAAGGAAUUGCUGUUCUCAAUAUCCCCAGCUAUGCAGGAGGCACAAACUUCUGGGGUGGGACUAAAGAAGAUGAUACAUUUACAGCUCCUUCUUUUGAUGAUAAGAUCCUGGAAGUGGUUGCAGUAUUUGGAAGUAUGCAGAUGGCUGUCUCUCGUGUAAUUAAUCUUCAACAUCAUCGGAUAGCCCAGUGCCGAACUGUGAAGAUAGCAAUCCUGGGAGAUGAGGGAGUCCCUGUGCAAGUUGAUGGAGAGGCUUGGAUUCAGCCCCCAGGAUAUAUUUGGAUUGUGCAUAAAAACAGGGCGCAAACACUAACCAGAGAUAGGGCAUUUGAGAAUACCCUGAAGUCUUGGGAGGACAAACAAAAGUGUGAGCUGCCCCGACCUCCUUCUCUCACACUGCAUCCAGAGAUCAUAUCUGAAGAAGAAUCGACUCAUAUCAAUCAAUUCUGCAGAGCAGCCGGAGCUUUGAUUCACAGCAUUCGAGAAAUAGCCCAGGCAUACCAGGAUAUGGAACAAGAACUUGCUCAUGCUGUCAAUGCUAGCUCCAAAUCUAUGGACAACGUGUAUGCGAAAUCCAAGUCUACAGAGGGCCUGAAUUGUAACCUUGUAGUAGAGAUGGUAAAUAAUGUUAAAGCCUUGCAUGAUGAAACAGAACUUCUCCUGGCUGGAAAAAUGGCCCUGCAGUUGGAUCCUCCACAGAAGGAACAGCUCCAAGCUGCACUGAUAGACAUGGACUUUCAUAUAAGGAAACUAGCAGAUAUUCCGUGGCUGUGGCAGCUCAUGGAGCCCAGUGAUGAAGAGAACCAAAUGCUGGAUUAUUCUAAACGCAGCCGAAGUGGCAAAUUUCGUCUGGUGAAAUUUAAAAAGGAAAAAAACCACAAGAAUAAGGAGACAAGCAGUAGCUUGGGAUUGCCGGUUCACCUCUGGGGGACGGAGGAGGUUGCAGCCUGGCUUGAGCAUCUCAGUCUCUGUGAGUAUAAAGAUAUCUUCAUCCGGCAUGACGUCCGGGGCUCUGAGCUCCUGCAUCUGGAACGGAGAGAUCUCAAGGAUCUAGGAGUGACCAAAGUGGGUCACAUAAAGAGGAUAUUACAUGGGAUCAAGGAACUGAGCAAGAAUAUUCCUGUCACCGAGGCUUAACUGCUGUUUUUGGAGCCUGUUUCUACCAUUCCCCCUGAUCAAUGCACAGUUGAAUGCUGACAGCGCACUAAGCUCAGAGUAUUGUCCCUGUGGAACAGCCAAAUAGUAUCAGUGUUCAGAGCUCAUAUCCAGCUUUUCAUGGUGCUACUGUUCUGAUGUGGCAUAGAGUGCAAUCUACUCAAGUCAGACCUUGCAUUCAGAGUUGGUUUUACUUGGCUUCCUCAAUCCUAAUGUUCGUACUUUUACUCAAACUUGGAUACUCUUGAUGCGAAGCAUCCCCCUCUGAUUCCCUUCAGCCAAGAUCGGUAAACCAGCCUGUGGAUCCACAACUUUUGAGGGAGAGUUAAGUCACUGAAGUCAAUGUUAAGGACUUUAUGAUCUGAGAAUUGUGACAGAUAUUAAGAGUCAUGAAAACACUUGUUUUUCAAGCAUGCACAAUGAUAAAAUUAGAUAUUGAGAAGGAAAAAAAGGCAUUUGUAAGUCUACUAUUUAGGAAAACUUUAAAAAAAUUAAUUCACAGAUUCUAUUAUACAGUUAAUACCUAGCCUUUGUAAUUAACUACCAUAGGACUUAAAUUAGGAAGAGAUUCUUUUAUCGUGUGUUUUCCUGGCAGUCUUUCUUGGUGCCAGAAAUGCAUAUAACUACCUGUCUAAAUCUGCCUUAUUCUUUUCUGGUUCUGCUGUGUAAUACUCAUGGAUGCUAAUAUUUUUGCUUAAAACAUAAGUUCCUGGAGAAACAUGGAACAGUGUUCCAAGACAGCAGAAUAUGCUGAUUCUUAAUAGUAUUGUUGUUCAGUGCAUAUUCACCAGUUAAUUCUCCAGGUUUUUUUUUAAAUACUUGCUAUGAUUCUAAUGAAAACAUGUCACAAUCAAGUAGAAAAUAGCACUUUAUCAUUGGUGAUAGAUGUAUGGAAAUCUCUUCCAUUUCCUGGUGAACACCUCAGGGAGUAAAACAACAUAUUUUCGGGAAAAAAUGCAGUAAAAAGGGAUGAAUUCUAAACUUUAACCGUGGAAGAAUUGUAGCGCUUGCUAUGCGUUUCUCUUAGAAAUCAUGUGAAAUCAGGGAUGCUUGACUAAAUUGAUCUUAUCCUGAAGAGAGUAACUUUCUUCUACUCUUUUGAAUCAGCCUGGCAUUUUUUUUAUUUUUAAUCUAUGCUGAAGUUGGGAGUCAUCACUCUUUAAAGAUAUGCAUUUGCAAAAAGUUCUGUCAUAAUCUGAGUUCUUAUAAGAAAUUCGCUUUUUAAACUUGCGUUACACUUUCAACACAUCCCAGGGUAUUAAUUGGUAAGGAUAGUUUGCUAUCUUGGCCUCUUUUUUGUUGACUUAGAUACUUAAAUCAAAUGCCUUUCUGCAAAGUGAAAGUCCUAAAUCCCAAAUGUCAUGAACAAUACAGCUCCAUCAGGCUGGCAAAAUGUGCUGUCAACCAAGUUACAUGGUAUUUGGGGUGUCUAAUAAAGUAUUGUUUAUUUUAAACUUUUUUUUCUUCUAAGGAAGGAAAGAAAUCUUGUUUAAAAUGCCAUGAUAUACUACAGCUUUCAUCCUGGCAAUUUAAAGCUUCUACUUUUAUUCCAUUUUUUAUUUUAUAAAAAAGCAUAAGGUGUUCUGUUUUGAGGGCAAAUAUACACUGUUGGAUUCCUCAAGCUAAUGUUUUUUGGCACCUCACUGAAGUGUUACCCACUAACAUUUGUAUUGGUCCAUUAAAUUUCAGAGGACAUCUGUGGAAUGUAAGUAAAAGGAUUUAUCCCAGAAAGUGCCAAUCUUUUGAGAAUAAGAGAUUGUAUUUUAAUAAUAUGCAAUCUGAAAAAAAUUAAUAUUUCAAUUGUGAGUAAAAUCUCCUGUACUCACCACCACCAACAACAAAUUUAAUUGAUUAGUCAUCUGACCAUAUUAAAAAAAAACUAUAAAUUCAAUAAAGAAAAAAACAGUAGGACAUAUUUAUAAUAAAUCAUCACCCCUGCAGUCAGCCCCAAUCUGUUCUAGGUAGUCUGUCCUCUUUGAAAUAGCCUUUGAUAUAAAAAUUGUAGUCUUGGUAGUGAUAUGCAGGCUCGUUCCCUGCAAGAAGUAAGAGUUUCUCCUGGGUAUCCCAGUAUUUUUUAGUUUUUAAAUAAGGAUCUAAAUAAACAGUCCUUUCUGCAGAAUAUAGUUUGCAAUCAAACCCCUGUACUCACCAAAAGUUGUUCCAGAAAGUCGACAGUGUUUAACAGCAAGAUUUUAAGGACAUAGCAAAGGCUGCAGAUGGAAGAAUUUUCCCUGCCCGUAGUUCUACUUAUCAGAGGUAUUCCACUGACAGGGAGAGUUAACUGGAUACAAUCUAUUUGUUUUUGCUUUAAUCUGGUUACUUUUUUGCUCCUGAAAUACCACGUUUGAGUUCAUUGCAGAUGUCUGGCAACUACAGCAGUGUGCAGCACGCUCCCAUGCCUGGUUACUUCAGAAAUAAAUCCUUUUCCCUAUAUGUGCAUAGGAUUGCAGCCUGUACUGUUUAUUAUGUUUAAGUCUAGUGAAAUUAUUCACACUUUUGGCCAAUGGUUGCUCAAGAAGUACAAAUCCCACUAGAUUUUACAUCUCUGAUAGGAACUAAAAAGGCACUUGUUGCUGGUUGUCCCUUGAAAACCUCUAACACCUAUAUUAUUUUAAAAUUAUUUCUGAGUAGUAUUUAAAAGUGAAUAUAGUAUGACUGGUAAAUUAAAGACUGUUUACACAAAACUUGUAUCUUAACAGAUAUUUGUGAUGUAAAAAGAAGAAAGUUGUUUUUAUAAGUCAUUGAUGUGUGUGUUGUUAACAGUGAUAACUGUUCUUCAGGGGAAUUAUAAUUAUUCCAGUGAUCAGACAAAAGCAUAGGGAAACAUUUAAGUCCUGUACAGUCUUGGGAAGAAGGUAUUGUGCCUUAAGAAUACAACAUGCUAUUUAUUAUUUAAUUUAUACUGUCACUACCGUGAAAGCAUCUCUUGUAUGUACAUAUUUUGCAGUUGAUUGUUGUAAUAUAAUGUUCUUGUAUAUAAAGACAAUCUGUUUCUGUUC